GCCGGGGAGGGGCUCCUUAAAGAAACGCCGCUGUCGCUCGCCUGCUCGCUCCUCGCUCGGCAUUGUGGCCAGCCCGCCGGGCGCUCGGGGGGGACGCGCGGCCGCCGCUCGAGCUCUGCCCCCGCCCCGCCCGCCGGCAGAGCUGGGGUGGGGACCCAGGCGGGGGCUCCCGCAGCCGCCGCCCGGCGCGGACCGCACCGAGCGCCCCAGUCCUCCCGGCGCCGAGGAAGGAGCCACGGAGCCCUCCGCAGCCGGCCGGCCUCCCCGCCCCUGACCACUCGCCUCCCGGCUGCCUUUGUGGCCGCAGCGUCUCGCCGCCGAGCCGAGGGCCGGCGGGGGCGCGGCGCGCACGGCCGAGCGAUGCCCAGCUCCCUGUUCGCGGACCUGGAGCGCAGCGGCGGCGGCGGCGGAGGGGGCGGCGGCGGCGGCGGCGGCGGCGGCGGCGAGACCCUGGAUGACCAGAGAGCCCUGCAGCUCGCGCUCGACCAGCUCUCGCUGCUGGGGCUGGACAGUGACGAGGGCGCCUCUCUGUACGACAGCGAGCCGCGCAAGAAGAGCGUGAACAUGACCGAGUGCGUGCCGGUGCCCAGUUCCGAGCACGUCGCCGAGAUCGUGGGGCGGCAAGGUUGUAAAAUCAAAGCGCUGCGGGCCAAGACCAAUACUUACAUCAAGACCCCGGUCCGCGGGGAGGAGCCUGUCUUUGUUGUGACGGGCAGGAAGGAGGAUGUGGCCAUGGCUCGGAGGGAGAUCAUCUCGGCCGCCGAGCACUUCUCCAUGAUCCGCGCCUCGCGGAAUAAGAACACGGCGCUCAACGGCGCAGUGCCCGGGCCGCCCAACCUGCCCGGACAGACCACCAUCCAGGUGCGCGUGCCCUACCGCGUGGUGGGGCUCGUGGUGGGGCCCAAGGGCGCCACGAUCAAGCGCAUCCAGCAGCAGACGCACACGUACAUCGUGACGCCCAGCCGAGACAAGGAGCCGGUGUUCGAGGUGACCGGCAUGCCCGAGAACGUGGACCGCGCGCGCGAGGAGAUCGAGGCGCACAUCGCCCUGCGCACGGGCGGGAUCAUCGAGCUCACGGACGAGAACGACUUCCACGCCAACGGCACGGACGUGGGCUUCGACCUGCAUCACGGGUCCGGCGGGUCCGGCCCCGGCAGCCUGUGGAGCAAGCCCACCCCCAGCAUCACGCCCACCCCCGGCCGCAAGGCCUUCUCCAGCUACCGCAACGACAGCUCCAGCUCGCUCGGCAGCGCCUCCACAGACUCUUACUUCGGCGGGGGGACCGGCGGCAGCGCCGCCGCCACCCCGCGCCUAGCGGACUACAGCCCCCCCAGCCCCGCGCUCAGCUUCGCCCACAACGGGAACAACAACAACAACGGCAACGGGUACGCCUACGCGGCGGGGGAGGCGCCCGCGCCCUCCCCCGACGGCUGCCCCGAGCUGCAGCCCGGCUUCGACCCGGCCCCCGCGCCCCCGCCGGGGGCGCCCCUGCUCUGGGCGCAGUUCGAGCGCUCCCCGGGGGGCGGCCCCGCGGCCCCCGCGGCCUCCUCCUGCUCUUCCUCCGCGUCGUCUUCCGCCUCGUCGUCCUCGGUGGUCUUCCCGGGCGGCGGCGCCGGCGCGCCCCCCGCCGCCGCCCCGGGGCUGCUGGCGCACCGCCGGCUGCACCCCGGCGCCGGCGGCCCGCGCCUGUCCCCGCCCCUGCACGCGGCGCCGGGGCCGGGCGAGCACCCCCUGGCGCGCCGCGUGCGCAGCGACCCGGGCGGGGGGGGCCUGGCCUACGCCGCCUUCGCCAACGGGCUGGGGGCGCCGCUGCCCGGCCUGCCGCCGUCCGACACCUCCGGCUCGUCGUCGUCGUCCAGCUCCUCCUCCAGCUCGUCGUCGUCGUCGUCGGGGCUGCGGCGCAAGGGCAGCCGCGACUGCUCCGUGUGCUUCGAGAGCGAGGUGAUCGCCGCGCUCGUGCCCUGCGGCCACAACCUCUUCUGCAUGGAGUGCGCCAACCGCAUCUGCGAGAAGAGCGAGCCCGAGUGCCCGGUGUGCCACGCCGCGGUCACGCAGGCCAUCCGCAUCUUCUCCUGAGGGCGGCGCGCACCCGCGGGGAGGGCCCCCCCCCCCGGCCCCUCCCCGCCCUCGCUCCGGGACCCGGGGGAGCUUGGAAAGCUGUAGUAUCCGCUCAUUUGUAAAACGUAAUUUUUAAACAAAGGGACUUGCCAGGACGUCUGCGUCGAGAGAGUAGCCUGGGAAGCCUGUGAACCACCUGAAAUGCAUGCUCUAUAAAUAAUAGGAACGGCGACAUCCUAGUCAUGAUAGUUUUUACACUGUACUUAAUAGGAAGCUUCCAGAAGAAGAAAA